AACUUGAGUUAAACCCCUGCUGCCCCCCACCCGCGUCCUCCCCGCCCGGCCAAGAGGGACUUGCACUGCCGCCCCGGCGCCCCGACCCCGUCCUGCGGCCGUGGGAACCGGAGCCGAGCCCCGGCGGACAGAGGUCCGGUCCCCGCUGGAUGCGGUGGGGAUUGGGCGGUUGGCGCCCAUGCACUUUCUGUUUAGGAAGAAGACAAGUAACCAAACCGCGUUGUCAAACUGCUGACCCAAGGGGGAAAUGAGAAGACUGCGUGAGGUAUUGACCGAUCUGGGAAUCGAUACAAUUUGUCUAAUGCAACGGGGGAUCGGGGGUUAAGUACAUGUGAGGGAAGAGAGGAUCCAUUUGCUGAGAGAGAACGGGACAGCUACACCUUGAUACCAAAAAUACCCCCCCCACACCCCCCCCGCAGCAGCAAGCCCGGCAGCGGCGAGGUACGAGGCGAGGAUCCAGCUCCCUGCAGACCGCCGGAUCGAUGACACCGUAUUUGCAAAACCGGCCAAUCGAUCCCACUUGGCAAAACGACUGAUCGAUGCCAGCUUGCUCGUAAGCCGCUUGCAGAACUACCUUCUCCCCGCGCCGCUCCAAACGUCCCCCGCCUCCUGUGUUUUGUUUGGUUUUUUUUCCUUUUUCCCCCCACAUUUUUUUUUGUGAGGGAGGGGAGAUACGUUUUUCUUUUUUUUUACCCCCCCACCGGGGAGUCAGGCCCAUCGCAAAUGGCUUCGUUUCCCGAGUCCGACUUCCAGAUCUGCCCGCUGUGCAAGGAGAUGUGCGGCUCGCCGGCUCCCCUCUCCUCCAACUCCUCCACCUCCUCGUCCUCCUCGCAGACCUCCAGCUCCUCCGGGGGCGGCGGCGGCGGCUCCUCCUGCGGGGGCCCGCCGCGGCGGCUCCACGUCCUGCCCUGCCUGCACGCCUUCUGCCGCCAGUGCCUGGAGGCGCAGCGGCACCCCGGCGCGGGGGACGCGCUCAAGCUGCGCUGCCCCAUCUGCGACCAGAAGGUGGUGAUCUCGGAGCCCUCGGGCAUGGACGCGCUGCCCUCCUCCAACUUCCUCCUCAGCAACCUGCUGGACGUCGUCGUCGUGGCCGCCGCCGCCGACGAGCAGAAGAACGGCCGCGCCGCCGGGGCCGGCCCCGCCGCCGGCUCCGGCCCGGGAGGAGGAGGAGGCGGCGGCGGCGGCAACAACCGCCACCACGGCCGCCCGCCGCCGCCGCCGCACCGCGCCGCCGGCUCCUCGCCCGCCGCCGCCGCCGCCUCGGCCGCGCCCUCCUCGACGUCGUCGUCCUCCUCCUCCUCGGGCGGCGGCGGCUCGGCGGCGCUCCUGCUGCGGCGACCCCACAGCCGGCAGGGCGAGCCCCGCUGCAGCUCCUGCGACGAAGGUAACGCCGCCAGCUCCCGCUGCCUCGACUGCCAGGAGCACCUGUGCGACAACUGCGUGCGGGCGCACCAGCGCGUCCGCCUCACCAAGGACCACUUCAUCGAGCGCUUCGCCGCCGCCGCCGCCCCCGGCCCCGCCGCCGCCGGCCCCGCCGCGCCGCUCGCCCUCAGCCCGCCCUACCCCGCCUCGCCCUACAACAUCCUCUCCGUCUUCCCCGACCGGGCCAGCUACUGCCAGCACCACGACGACGAGGUACUGCAUUUCUACUGUGAUACCUGUUGUCCCAUAUGUCGGGAAUGUACUAUGGGACGACAUGUGGGUCACAGCUUUAUCUACCUCCAAGAUGCUCUACAGGAUUCCAGGACUCUCACCAUUCAGCUCCUGGCAGAUGCUCAGCAAGGACGACAGGCUAUUCAACUGAGUAUUGAACAGGCCCAGGCUGUGGCAGAGCAAGUUGAGAUGAAAGCGAAGGUGGUACAGUCUGAAGUCAAAGCAGUGACUACUAGACAUAAGAAGGCCUUGGAAGAGCGGGAGUGUGAGCUGCUCUGGAAGGUGGAAAAGAUUCGUCAAGUCAAGGCUAAGUCACUCUACUUGCAAGUUGAAAAGUUACGUCAGAACCUAAAUAAGCUGGACAACACUAUUAGUGCUGUUCAGCAGGUCCUGGAGGAGGGUCGUACCAUGGAUAUUCUUCUGGCUCGGGAUCGCAUGCUGGCUCAGGUGCAGGAGCUGAAGAAUGUGAGAGGCCUUCUCCAGCCACAGGAAGAUGACAGGAUCAUGUUCACUCCCCCUGACCAGGCAUUGUAUAUGGCCAUUAAAUCAAUGGGCUUUGUCAGCAGUGGGGCUUUUGCUCCUCUGACCAAAGCCACUGGGGAAGGCCUCAAGCGUGCACUGCAGGGCAAAGUGGCCUCUUUCACAGUGAUAGGCUAUGACCAUGAUGGUGAGCCUCGCCUUUCAGGAGGUGACAUGAUCUCUGCCGUGGUGAUGGGCCCAGAUGGAAACCUUUUCGGGGCAGAUGUCAGUGAUCAGCAGAAUGGGACCUACCUGGUCAGCUACCGUCCACAGCUAGAGGGAGAGCACCUGGUAUCCGUGAUGAUGUGCAACCAACACAUAGAGAACAGCCCCUUCAAAGUUGUGGUGAAAUCUGGGCGCAGCUACAUAGGCAUUGGGCUGCCGGGGCUCUCCUUUGGCAGUGAGGGAGACAGCGAUGGCAAACUCUGCCGCCCCUGGGGGGUUAGUGUAGACAAAGAAGGCUACAUCAUUGUUGCUGACCGCAGUAAUAACCGCAUCCAGGUGUUCAAACCGUGCGGGACCUUCCAUCACAAGUUUGGCACGCUGGGCUCCCGGCCGGGCCAGUUCGAUCGCCCUGCUGGCGUGGCCUGUGACAUCUCGCGUAGGAUCGUUGUGGCUGACAAGGACAAUCAUCGCAUCCAGAUCUUCACGUUUGAGGGGCAGUUCAUUCUGAAGUUUGGAGAGAAAGGAACAAAGAACGGGCAAUUCAAUUACCCAUGGGAUGUGGCCGUCAACGCAGAGGGCAAGAUCCUGGUCUCUGACACAAGGAACCAUCGCGUUCAGCUGUUUGGGCCCGAUGGUGUGUUUCUUAACAAGUAUGGCUUUGAAGGGGCACUCUGGAAGCACUUUGAUUCCCCCAGAGGUGUGACUUUCAAUCAUGAGGGCCACUUGGUAGUGACAGACUUCAACAACCAUCGCCUUCUGGUCAUCCAUCCAGAUUGCCAGUCAGCACGCUUUCUGGGCUCGGAAGGCACCGGGAACGGCCAGUUCCUGCGCCCGCAGGGAGUGGCGGUGGAUCAAGAGGGGCGCAUCAUCGUGGCCGAUUCCAGGAACCACCGGGUGCAGAUAUUCGAGUCAAAUGGUAGCUUUUUAUGCAAGUUUGGCACUCAGGGAAGCGGCUUUGGUCAGAUGGACCGUCCUUCAGGUAUAGCUGUCACCCCUGAUGGCAUGAUUGUUGUGGUCGACUUUGGAAACAAUCGAAUUCUCGUCUUCUAAUCUGUGUUUGAAUUAGGAAGAAACUGUCUCAGGGAAAUUCUUCUAAGAGAAAAUGAAAAAAUACAACGUUAAUUCAAACCUACCUCAUCUUUAAUUUUUUUACAGAUGAAUGUACUUAUCUUUUCUGCAGGGAGUGAGCCUGUAAAGUUAAAUUCUAUCUACCUCAUUGUCCUCCCUUCCCUCCUCGGUUUCUCGCCCUCUUCCCAUCCCCACACACUCACAGUUCAGAACAUUUUACCUCUGCCCCCGGAUGGGGUUUCAUGCACAAACAGGUGUUGCUGUGCACAUUAGGUGGUUUGUGUGGUGAGUUCUGUAGACUAAGCCAAAAAAGGCUCUAUGUAACUUUUUUAAUGGAGAAAA